AUGGCACCGGUUCUGAAACUUCGCGGAGCCGGUUUGGCGGAGUUUGAGCCCAAGUCGGAAACUUAUCCUAUUACGAGAGUUCCCACGGCGAAAGAGGAGGGUUUCGGUCUGGCGAACGAAUGCCUGUGCAAGGCAUCGGUAGCACCGAGAAAACGUGUCGAAUUUACACCAAACGGGAAGAUCGCUCUAGUCAUUAUCCUUACCAGAGCCGGUUUGGACUUGGACCCAGACGCCUUGAAGAAAUUGAGAAUCACCGUGCCGAAGCUCGGUCUAAUUCCAUGGGUUGUCGAAGUACUUGUUAUAGCCAUACUAACAAAGUAUCUUCUUGGUUUGCCCUGGAUAUGGGGUUUUUUGCUCGGGAGUGUAAUAGCUGCUGUUUCGCCGGCUGUUGUAGUGCCUUGCCUCUUCAGGCUACGUGCCAAAGGCUACGGAGUUGCCAAGGGCAUUCCAACUUUGAUCAUCGCCGUGUCUGGAAUCGAUGACGCAGCAUCAGUGGCCAUCCACGGGAUAGUGCAGAGCAUCAUGUUCUCCGAUGACGCACUCUGGUACCAGAUCCUCCAGGGCCCCAUCUCCAUUGUCGGAGGUCUUGGGUUUGGAGUUCUAUGGGGCUGGCUGGCUAAAUACGUUCCGGAAAAGGGAGACCCUUUCAUGGUGCCCAUGAGGGUACUGAUGUUGUUAGGAGGUGGAUUGCUGGCAGUAUUUGGAAGCGAGGCGAUCGAGCUGGGAGGUGCUGGACCUUUGGCAGUAGUUGCUGCGUCCUUCGUCAGCUGUUACUUCUGGCAGAAACAGGGCUGGGAGAUCGAUGACAACCCGGUGGCGACAGCCUUCGAGAUCUUCUGGAUGAUCUUCGAGCCGAUCCUGUUCGGCUUGACGGGCGCCCAAAUCAAGAUCGACGAGCUCGAGAGUAAAACGGUGUACCUGGGGCUGAGCUGCCUGCUGGUGGCCAUCUUGAUUCGCAUGGCGGUAACGGUGCUGGUCGGGAUCGGCUCGAAGCUCAAUCUGAAGGAGAAGGUGUUCAUCGCUCUGUCCUGGAUGGCCAAGGCGACCGUGCAGGCCGCCCUCGCGCCCACUGCCCUCGACAAGGUGAACCCGAACGACCCGGAACAGGUGUACUACGCGGAGAUCGUGGUGACGAUGUGCGUCCUGUCGAUUCUCCUCACCGCCCCCACCGGCGCCAUCCUCAUCACCCUGUCGGGGCCGAAACUCUUGACGAAAACCACGACGCCCGCGUCGCCACCCGAGGGCUGGAAGGCACGCAGACCCUCGAUUCGAGACAUCUCCAUCAUCAACGAGGACCCAGACCUCGAGGAGACCGCGAACGAGAGGAAGCCCUGAGGACGUGACCCUCCCCUCUCCCCCACCCCCUACAGCUGGCAAUCUUCUAACAGCUCACGUCGCGAAUUUACAUUUCCUUUCGUUUCGUAUUUUAUUCCUAACGUUACUUUGCGCGUCCGUUAAGUUCCUGACACCGGGGGAUCGAGGGUGAGGUUCGUUUCCCUUGACGAGAUCCUGCGAACCGUGUACGUGUAUGUGUAUGUCUAACUAGGCGUAUUUGUGUGUGUGUGUGUGGGUGUGUGCGUGCGUGGUUGUAUGCAGAUCGAAACGACACGAAUUGGCUCGACAAGAACCAACGUUUCUUCGUUCAUACGAUACUGGAUAUAUAUAUUCGUAAAGUGCGCGCUCUUCUGAAUAGAUUCUACUCGGUCUACACCGACUCUACACCGUCGGCUGUUCAAAUCGACGAAACGUUUUCAUUUCUUCGAGCUUCGUUCCUCGAGAUUCCAAUUCGGUUCGAAACGUGGACGAUUAUUUUACGGUCGAGGGACCAAGACUUUCGUUACUUUGGAAUUUCGAGGCAAGCUUCGGACCUGUAGAGAUGAAAAAUCUUCGUUGGUUUUUUUUUAGAUCGUUCCUAUCGUUUGUGAGAAUUCUGAUUUCUCGAUAACGCAUAAAAAAACUGCUUCGUUCAAAGAGAAUGAGUUUUUAAUGUUAGAUGAUAUUAGAGUUAGAAAUUGAAAAGUGGACAAAAGGCAAAUAUAUUUUAUAUUGUUUCGACUUGCGAACAGUAUACCCUUGUUGUUAUUAAAACAAUUGCCUAGAUAUUGAAAUAAUGUUAUUGUUAUUGUUACAAGAUACCUUUGUUGUUACUAAAAUUUAGAAAAUUAGAAAAUUAUGAAAAUCAAGUUAUAAUAGACAAUAGUAUGAUCAUAGACAAUAGAGUUAGAAAUUAAACAAAUGGACAUAAGGCAAGCGUUUUGUAUUGUUUCAAUUUGUGAAACAGUGUAUCUUUGUUACUUUUAUGAGAUACCUUUUGUUAUUAUUCAAACAAAAGAGAAAUGAUGCUGAGGUAAUAUGAUAAUGAGAAGAGCGUAGAUGUUAAAUAUUUCCUCUUUAAUCUAUAUAAUAUUAUAUAAUAUUAUCUAACGGAGGGAUUUUUAAAUUCAACACCCAAUGAAUUCAAAACUGAAAUUGAACUUUUCCAUUUUUUUUUUCUCUCUUUUUCUCUUUAUUAGCACACGUAAUGGAACAUCCGUCUUCAGAACUAUGAGCUAAAAUCUCAACUAGCAGUAAUUCAACGUUCUGAAGAUGAGAAAUCUUGUUAAAAAAAAAACACGCGUGCACAAGAUUGGCCAAAGUGAAGGACAUUGCGCCAUUUUCAAAAUUCGAACUUUAGAUCUGCCUGUGUUAAAAGUCCCUCGAGUCCAACAUCGUGGACAAGUUACUUUAGCGAUAAUAAUAAUAAUAAUAGAGAUAUUUAGCGAGCCAACUAUCCAACAUUUUGUACGCAUAGUCUAAGUAACAUAAUCGAUAUGUCUAAAGAAACGUAAGAGAAACGGAGCAAAGACUGCGUUGCGAUUUGAAAGGGCUGAUCGUUGGUGAAAACUUGGACAAUUCGGGAGUCUUGUUGCUCGUUAGAAAUAGUUUCGUAAGACUCGAGGAUUCUAGUUUGACCGACGUUUGCAAAGUUUUGUGAAAGGACUAUUCGCCUUCUUACGCAUAAUAACAACUAGACUGCGGAUUUUUAGGCGAAAUCAUGUUUCUGGGGGAAUAAUUUUCAAAGUAGACAGCGGUUUGUUUCAUUUGUCAAACAUUAUUA